AACGAUCCCAUUAAUCAGCAUAAAAUAUAUUGCAUAACUAUACCUCAACACUGCCAGAUGUUGAGGCGGGGACGAAACUGCGGUCGAUCUUUGAACAGCAGGCAUGGUGUUCUGCUGCAUCACAGCUCGUUGUGUUUUGACCCCUUCUACUGGCCAGGGCUGGGCAUGACGAUGAGCUACCUCUUCAGGGAGCCUGCCACCAUCAACUACCCCUUUGAGAAGGGACCCCUCUCUCCACGCUUCAGAGGGGAGCACGCCCUCCGCAGGUAUCCUUCUGGAGAGGAGCGCUGCAUUGCCUGCAAGUUGUGUGAGGCCAUCUGCCCUGCCCAGGCCAUCACCAUUGAGGCUGAGCCACGCGCCGACGGCAGCCGGAGAACCACCCGCUACGACAUCGACAUGACCAAGUGCAUCUACUGCGGCUUCUGUCAGGAGGCCUGCCCCGUGGACGCCAUCGUCGAGGGCCCGAACUUUGAGUUCUCCACUGAGACCCACGAAGAGCUGCUUUACAACAAGGAGAAGCUGCUCAACAACGGAGAUAAAUGGGAGGCAGAGAUUGCAGCCAACAUACAAGCAGAUUACCUCUAUCGAUAAUGCCACACUCACGCUCACACACUCGUAUAUAUAUAUACACACACACGCACACUCUCAAAAACACGACAACGUCCAUACUGUACUUUAAGACACAUGAGCUUCAGUUGCAUUCAGGCAUUCGUAAAUUAUUGAAGUAAACAUCAAAAGUCCAGUCUAGCUUCGCGCACAUUUUUGCUAAACCCAACCUGUGAAUCAUUUCAAGGCGUGGCGCAGUGCAGCAUGCACUUUGUUUGGGCAAGGUCUACUGCCUAUGAACUAGGUUAGGAGGCGGGGUUGUCCAUUUGAUGUAGCUAGUUAAGUAUGAACUGUUCUUAUGGCCCCUCGCUGGGCUCAUUCUGCAGCAUCGAUACCCAUGGUUUUCAGCAGGUUUAUUUCAGGAGAAUUGUAUAAAGGGUAAAAAGACUUGUGGACAUGUAAUGAGAAAAUAAACUGUUUUGAACUUA